ACCCAGAGACAAAACGGCGUCGUUUUGGCAAUUGGUUUGGGUUAAAAAAAAAAAAAUUCUCUGAUUCCAAAGCUCUCAUCUUUCCUCCCUUCCCGGAGUUGUUUCCCAGUAAAGAAAACUCGUUCAGGACAUAUUAACAGAUUUAUCGGAAUAGGAUAUGGCGAGCGCAAUCGACGCAUCGGGAGAUCCGAUCCCGACAUCGGCAGUUCUGACAUCGUCAUCCAAGCACAUAUCGCUGAGAUGCCAAGCGGAAAACGUGGCCUUCCUCAAGUGCAAGAAGCAGGAUCCUAACCCCGAGAAAUGCCUCGACAAAGGCCACCAAGUCACUCGCUGCGUGCUUGGCCUGCUGAAAGAUCUUCACCAGAGGUGCACAAAAGAGAUGGAUGCUUAUGUUGGAUGCAUGUAUUACAACACAAAUGAGUUUGAUUUAUGUCGCAAAGAGCAGCAAGCAUUUGAGAAAGCAUGUCCUUUGGAAUGAGACAGAAGCCAAUCCCGUGGCACAAUAACAUCGGCAGUUUGCAUUGAGCAAGUACUGUUGUUGCAUACAUUUUUAAUUGAGCAAGUACUGUUGUUGCAUACAGUUUUAAUUGAGCAUGUUUUUCGGCA